GGGAGGUGGCUUGCCCGCGUUCUAAAAGAUUAGUACCGGUGGGCGCGAUCCGUGGGUUUCAGUGAUCCGGUUGACUAAGGGGACCUCUCGCAUCGGGGGUGCAGCAGACCGAGAGGGAAGCGGAGGGUCAAAGACCGCUAGGAAUAGACUUUUAGGGGUUCCUGAGUGGAACGCCAGGUGAAGAUUGGAAGUGGGAAGCGUCUUAUUCUGAUCUUAUGAAUGCACUUUUGGGGGUCCUUGAGCGCCGCAUAGAAAGAGGGACCACGGGCUAGGCAUUAGUAGCCAGCCAGAAAGAGAGAGAGAAGGAGAAGCAUAGUAGAACAAUCUGGAGGUCUCCUUUUAAAAAGGCGCAGUUUUGGAUUGCAAAACAUAGGAAGCGGCUGGAGAAAGGUGGGGCCGAGAGGAGGGCGCAGGUUGUCGAAAGUGGUGACUGUUGCGCGGAAAAAGGGCAACGGGAGAGUGUGCAUAGCCUGGCGCGAUCUUGCAGCCCGGGUUAAAGAGAGAAGCGGAAUUGGCGAACCUCCCGGAGGGAGAGGCUGAGUGAAGAUGGGGCCUCUGCUGUCUCUAGGGAUUGGGCUCCUGCUGUUCUUGCUCUGGGCUCGCUACAGGGGCAUCGAAUACGUGCUAGUCCACCACCGCUGGAUUUUCGUGUGCCUCUUCCUGUUGCCCCUUUCCGUCCUUUUCGACAUUUACUACCAGCUCCGGGCUUGGGUUGUGCAGAAGCUGCACUGUGCUCCUCGGCAGCAUGACUUGCGCGUUCGGAACAUCCAGAAACAGGACUUGAAAUGGACACCUAACAUUAAAAUCAUCAUUAAAAAGGCACAACAAAGAAUGUUCUUCCUGCAAUCAACUCAGAAAGUUCAGGCUGCGCAAGGAGCUGCUGAUACAGUUUUACAGAGGAAUUCUGGAGCCUGUCAUUUUUAUCUCUAUAACUGUCUGGUUUG